AUGGUGAAGAAAUUUGACAAGAAGAACGCCACUACCUACAAUAUUGUUCAUCGUGCUCAUGACGAUGCUCGAUUCUUUGACGACGAUGCCACAAAUGUGUUGGUGCCAACAGCACAGUCUCAGAAAUCUGCUUCUACAAAGAAAGUGUUUUCCAAAAACGAACUUGAAGCAAAAUUAAGGGAUCAAGUCAGAGAAAACGAAGGUUUGGCAGCACAGUAUGGUAUUACUUUUGAUGACUCAAAGUAUGACUACAUGCAACAUUUGAAACCGAUAGGUAACUCCGAUGGUGUUUUCAUUCUGGCAAAAGAGCAAGAGCAACAUAGGCGACAACAAAAACUAGAUUUGGAAGCACUCUUGAAGGAUCAGCUACCUUCUUCUGAGAAACGUAAAGUGACAAAAGAUUUGAAUCAAAGUAUACCUGACGAAUUGAAAGGGUUCAAUCCUGAUAUGGACCCCAGAUUAAGGGAGGUGCUCGAAGCAUUGGAAGAUGAGGCAUACAUAGAAGAAGUUAAACACCAAAAAGGUGACGGAAGCAAUGAGGACGAUGAAGACUAUGAUGACGAUAUAUUUGCUGACUUGUUGAAGUCAGGCCAAGCAGAAGAGGAGGAAUAUGACUACUACAAUGAGGAUGGCAACUAUGAAGACGAGUACGACGAAUGGGACUUGGAUAACUACGAAGACGAAUACAACGCGAAAUAUGACGAGCAUCCUGAGGAUCUCGUGGGACAAGAGGGAGUAAAUGAAGAUUGGCAGCGUGAUUUCAUGAAAUUCAAGAAGGAGAGCAAGAAUAAGGCCCACUCAUGGGAUUCGGAUGAUGAGUUCGAUGACGAAAGUGAAAAAGAAGAAGUAGACGAAGAUGAGGUUGAUAAUGUGGGAGAGUUGCCAGAUAUGAAAUCCAAAGCUUCUAAAUCCAAUACGAAAUUGAGGAAAAAGAAAGGUGCUAUGACAGACACAUCCUCAUUUUCAAUGUCUUCCUCCGCACUAUUCAGGUCAGAAGGACUCUCGCUACUUGACGACAGGUAUGAGCAGAUGAACAAAAAAUACACUCGUGGUGAAGCUGCAGAAGAAAAUUACAAACCGUUCGACAUGGAUAGGGAAAGGACGGAUUUUGCCGGAAUGGUUGACGAUUUCUUGGACAACUACGAGUUAGAAAGUGGUGGACGGAAACUCACAAAGAAGGAUACAGAGAAGGCAAGGCUACAACAAGCGGCAAACUCUGUAUCAAAAGGCAAGGCUGGAAGGACGUUGAGCUCCUCCCUUGCGAAUAUGAAGAUUGAGUAA